AAGGCUGUUUAGAAAGGUGUUGAGGGUUCCCCCGGAUGUUAAGAAAGUGGCAGACAGACGGAACCAAGACAUUUGUUAUUGCAAGGUAGAGGUUUGUCGAUAACAGAUUCUGAGAAAAAGCUAAAGAAAUGUCGGAAAGAAUAGCAUCAUGUGGCAACCUGUGUGAUACAAGCUCCCUUCUACUACGGUAUUACAACGAUGAUCAUGUGUCUGCGGGGAGCGGGAUGGAGAUGGACGAUCGUCUGUCCCACCUAGAGCAACGUGUCCAGUUGCAGGAGGAUGAGAUCCAACUGCUCAAGGCAGCUCUGGCUGACGUCCUGCGCCGGUUGGGCUGCUGCGAGGAGCUCACGCAGGCAAACAGCCGGAAAGGCGCGCCCACCAAAGUUCGUCAAAUUCUCCAAGCUCUUCCACCCAAGCCUUUGAGCAAUGGCUACAUUCAGCAGAAAAGGUUGGGGGGCUUCCCAUCCUCCCCCUCCUCUCCUAAAAAGGAGGUGAUAAUGUCUAUUAAAAGGAAAAGCAUGUCCACAGAGCGUCUGUCCACAGUCAGGAAGGAGAUUGCAGACUCACGCAGCAGAACCACCUCAUCCAGCAGCUCCACCUGUUGCAAAAGAGACAGUAAAACCAAAGAGUGUACUUUCAAUACUGAGGAUGGGUAUGUGAGGAUGUUUCUGCGGGGCCGCCCAGUCACCAUGCACAUUCCUGACAAACGGAGGGACAGCUACAGCCUUGACCAGAAGGUGGCGCUGCCGGAGCGCAAGCUCAAACUCCAGUGGGUGUUUGGUUACAGGGGUCGGGACUGCCGCUCUAACCUCUACCUGCUGCCCACUGGAGAGAUCGUUUACUUCAAUGCUUCCGUAGUGGUGCUGUAUAGCGUGGAGGAACAGCAGCAGAGGCACUACUUGGGCCACAACGAUGACGUCAAGUGUUUGGCCAUCCACCCAGACAUGGUCACUAUAGCGACAGGACAAGUCGCCGGAACAUCCAAAGAUGGCAAGCUGCUGCCACCGCACGUUCGAGUGUGGGACUCCGUGAGUCUGAACACACUUCAUGUUAUCGGGAUGGGUGUGUUUGACCGCGCUGUUACCUGUGUAGCGUUCUCCAAGUCGAACGGUGGUGCCCACAUGUGUGCAGUUGAUGAUGCAAAUGACCACAUCCUGUCUGUAUGGGACUGGCAGAAAGAGAAGCAGCUUGCCGAUGUGAAGUGCUCCAAUGAUUCCGUGCUGGGGGCGGUCUUCCACCCCAUGGAGGCCAACCUGAUUGUCACCUGCGGGAAGUCCCACCUCAAUUUCUGGACUAUAGAGGGGAACACUUUAACCAAGCGCCAAGGACUAUUUGAGAAACAUGAGAAACCUAAGUAUGUGCUGUGUGUCGCCUUUGCUGAGAACGGAGAUGCAAUAACAGGGGACUCCAGUGGAAAUAUCUAUAUCUGGGCUAAAGGUGGUAACAGAAUCAGCCAGGUGGUGGCAGGAGCCCACGAAGGCGGGAUCUUCUCCGUGUGUGUGCUGAAGGAUGGGACACUGGUGUCUGGUGGAGGGAAAGACCGCAAGGUGGUGCUGUGGGAUCACGAAUACCACAAACGGAGUGAGAUAGAGGUUCCUGAAGCCUUUGGCCCUGUGCGCACACUAGCCGAGGGGAGACAAGAGGAAUUAUUUGUGGGGACAACUAGAAACGUCAUCCUGCAAGGGUCAUUCUCCGGUGCUCUAACUCCCAUUGUUCAGGGGCACACAGAUGAGCUCUGGGGCUUGGAUGUACACCCCAACACUGAACAGUUUGUCACUUGUGGCCAAGACAAACAGGUCCACCUUUGGGAUGCAGCCUCCCAUCAACCUUUGUGGAACAAGGCCAUUGAGGACCCUAGCCGUUCUGUUGGCUUCCACCCUAGUGGCAGUGUGCUGGCUGUGGGCACCAUGACUGGAAGGUGGAUAGUGUUGGACACUGACACCAGGGACCUUCUUUCUAUGCAUACAGAUGGCAGUGAAAUCAUCUCCAUUGUCAAGUAUUCUCCAGAUGGAGCAUACCUAUCUGUGGGUUCCCAUGACAACUUUGUUUACAUCUAUGCCGUGACUGAGAAUGGGAAGAAAUAUAGCCGUGUAGGCAAAUGCACUGGACAUUCCAGUUUUGUCACCCAUCUAGACUGGUCUACUGACAGCCAGUAUAUUGUCACCAACUCAGGGGACUAUGAGAUCUUGUUCUGGGAAGCUUCCACAGGGAAACAUAUUACAAGCAUGGAGGUAGUACGCAACCUAGAAUGGGCCACUUCCACUUGUGUAUUAGGUAUCAAUGUCUUUGGCAUCUGGCCAGACGGUGCGGACGGCACAGACAUCAAUGCUGUUUGCAGGUCAAAUGACCGUGGAGUGCUGGCUAUGGGUGAUGAUUUCGGCAAAGUGCACUUGUUCUCCAAUCCCUGUUCCCAGCCGAGGGCACCCAGCCACGUUUAUGGUGGGCACAGCAGCCAUGUGACCAACGUUGCCUUUCUCCACAAUGACAGUCACCUCAUCUCUACUGGAGGCAAGGAUACCAGCAUCCUUCAAUGGGCGCUCCUCUGAGCUACUCCUGUACAACCCUCGCUGCUUAUUUACUGUAACCUCCUGCACACUAGAGGGCAGCACUGCUGUGCAUACCCUGCACUGCUACUGUCCUGUUGGUCUAUAAUCUGCUGUAUCACUGUAUGUUUUAACACGAGUGACCUUACGUGCUGGUCUGGCACCAGUCUUCCCCCCCCCCCCCCCUUUCUUUUUUUCUUAACUAAUUGUGUGAAUAAGUGAAAGUGGGGACAUUGAUUCAAUUUACUAGCAGCCCUUUGCCUGAAAUAUCUUGUGCAUCAUGCAAAUGCACCACUGAAGGGAUCUGGGGUGAAGGAGAAGAAGCAUGCCCUAACUGUUCAGCCUGUUUAUUUCAAAUCUAUUUCAAGAGUUCUAACCUCCUGUUUGCAUAAAGAAAAAGCCCAUAAAGAAAAAUAUAUUAUGCAGUCACUGACUGUACAUGUGAUUUGGAAAGUAAAUGGUAAUGUUCUGGCACUUAGCUUUUCAUGCAUAACUAGAAAUGAACUUAAGAUGUGCUUUGCUUUCAUUUUGUUAAUAAAGUUUCUACUGUAUUCACA